AAUUCCAGUAGACAAGGCCAAGCAAAACCCAAAAGCUCAAAACCUUAUCUGAGAAGCAAGACCAACAUUUGGAUAUGUAAAAUAACAUAAGCUUAUCUUCCCGCUGAGCACAAAAAAUAAAAACUCUAGGCAGUCAUGGUGUCCUUGAGCAGCCAAUUUCACCUUACAAUCCUCAAGAAAUAUUCCUACCACAUUAAACCGAGACCUUCUAUAUUUUGCUCAGUUCAACCUUCUCAAAGCAAUAUCAAGGUAAUUAUAAAUGGAGCUGCAAAGGAAAUAGGAAGGGCAGCAGUAGUUGCAGUGACAAAAGCAAGAGGUAUGGAGGUGGCUGGUGCUGUGGACUCUUAUUUUGUAGGGGAAGAUAUUGGGAAGGUAUCUGACAUGGAAGAACCUUUGGAAAUUCCCAUAAUGAAUGAUUUAACUAUGGUUUUAGGUUCCAUCUCUCAGUCCAAAGAAACAGGAGUAGUUAUUGAUUUCACCGAACCUUCCAAAGUAUAUGACAAUGUGAAGCAGGCAAUAGCAUUUGGCAUGAGAAGUGUAGUUUAUGUGCCAAGAAUUGAAGUAGGCACAGUAGCAGCAUUAUCUGCUUUCUGUGAGAAAGCCAGCAUGGGUUGUCUGAUUGCCCCAACUCUGUCUAUUGGAUCCAUACUUCUACAACAAGCUGCAAUCUCGGCUUCAUUUCACUACAACAAUGUAGAAAUUGUGGAAUCCAGGGAAAAUGCAGCGGAUCUUCCAUCAGCAGAUGCACUUCAAAUUGCUAACAACCUCUCCAACCUUGGGAAGAUCUACAACAGAGAAGAUCUUUCAACAGAUGUUGUGGCAAGGGGUCAAGUUCUGGGAGAAGAUGGGGUUCGUGUACAUAGCUUAGUCCUUCCAGGGCUGCCUUCUGGAACAACUGUCCACUUCUCUGGUCCGGGAGAGAUUUACACUCUCAAACAUGACAUCACAAAUGUGGAAUGUCUCAUGCCGGGCCUUAUCUUAGCCAUCAGAAGAGUUGUACGCCUCAAGAACCUGGUGUAUGGAUUGGAGAAAUUUUUGUAGAAAAACCAGAUGGUCUUCGGUCUUCUCCAUUGGUAUCUUUAACCUCCUCGGUGUUUGGUCCAAUAGAGGAUCUAUUUCCAUCCUGUAAAGGAAAAUUUGACAUUAGAGGCUGAGUUAAAAGAAACAGAUGAGGAAAAAGAAAAAAUAGUUUCCUUCAUUUAUUUUUCAGCGAUUUCAGUAUUCAAUUAUUUUGAUUCACUGUUGCUUAAGUGAACUUUUGAGGGACUUCAAAGUGAAAUUUUGAUUAUGUUGAGUUCCACGAGAUGGAUUUUAUAAAAUCAA